UCCACUUCUCUGUUCUUUGAGUUGCUGCUGAUAUGACUUGAUUAAUGGAAAACCAACGAGUAUCUAUGACGUUGGAGCUUCAAGCACCGACAGAAGAUAGUAUAUUUCAAUGCGAAUGCGAAGAGCAAUCAUUGGAUGCAGUUGCAGAGGAAGAAGAGCGAUUGGAGUCUCCAUCCCUUACAACUCCUGCAGCAACGCCUGUACAUGGAAUGCCGACCGAGAAGCGGCGCGACUCGAAAGUCCGUUUUCACACAGGAGAUCGGCUAACUCGUGUUGUGGAGCUGGGUAGUCCUUGGGACAACGCUCCCGUUACCAACAAGGAAGAGACACUCCAGGCAUACCGCCUUUCAUGUGCAGCACAUAAGAUGAAGCCGCUAAACAAAGUAGUUCAGCAGAUUGAGGCGAUUAAAGACUUCAAAGAAAGAGCAAACAUGCUGGACCUAAAGGGUUUACGCCUGGAUAACCGUACUUGUGAAGCUCUAGAAGCUGUUUUCAAGCGAGUGCAGUUUGUUACUAUUGACCUGCAGGGUUCAUCACUGGAGGAUGACGGAGCAAUGGCUAUAUUUGAGAUGAUAGAUUUCUACGAGAGCACUGCACGCUUGAUUGUAUCAAACAAUGGAAAACUGGGUGGCCGUGCGUGGCUUGCUUGCUCAAAAAUGAUGAAGAAGUCUCCUUGUUUGGAGUUUCUUGAUGUGAGAAACAAUACAUUUGAUGAGUACACAAUUCCGCUGAUAGGAAGACCAAUCAGAGCCAACUGUUUGCUAAGAACUCUGCAUGUAGAAGGAUGUCAACUGUCAGGACGAGUUCAUCUGAUAUUAGUGGCAGCAUUGAAAACAAACACUGUUUUGUCUGACUUGUUUCUUGGAAACAAUCGACUCAUUGCUGAUGACAUGGUUCAUCUUGGAAACAUACUGAAGAUAAACAACACACUGCAGCUACUUGAUCUUCGAGACAACAACAUUCAGGAUGAUGGGUUGAGGUUUCUUUGUGAGGGCUUACUAGAACAACAAAUUGGGUUGACUAGUCUUGUGCUGUGGAACAAUCGAAUCACACCCCAGGGGAUUCAUGCAUUGGCAGCAGUGCUGCCAUUCCAUGCAACUCUUGAAACAGUGAACCUUGGGUGCAAUCGAAUAGAGUCCCAAGGCUGUCAGAUAUUGAAACCUGGCAUGUUGUCCAGUAAAUCAUUACUUCGGCUGGGCCUAGUAAAUUGCAAAGUCACGUGUGAGGGAGCAAUUGCAUUGGCUGAAGUGAUCGGUGACAACACUGUUGUUGAGCGCGUUGAUUUAAGAGACAAUGACAUUCGAGUAGCUGGGUUAAUGGCAUUGGCUCUAGCACAUCGUGUGAGCCAUCAUCUGUUUAGAUUGGACAUGAAGCGAAACCUCCGAGUUGAACAGCGUGACAUGGAAUUGGUGAAGAAGCUGUUUGAGGACAUAGAGAGAUACAGUCAACGAAACAAGAUGGAACACGAGGAGCGUGAGGCACGAAAAGCUGUCCUUAAACGGCAACAAGAAUUGGAAAGUCAGAAAAAGCUAGAAGAGGAGCAAGAAGAGGCAGAACGCAGGUCUGUAGCACUUGCAGCGUUGUCAACAGCCUUGCAUGCCCAAGCCUUAGCUGAGAGCCAGGGGUUACCUACUAUGCCCAAACUAGAUGAAUCUGAAAUUGAGAAUGAUGACACUGAUCGAGACAUGAGCUUGUUGCUUGACCGACCUCAAUUUCAACCAGCAGACGAGGAGCUAGAGAUGGAAGAUCAAAUUGAAGAGCAGGAAGGAGUUGAAAUUAAAGUUGAUGUGUGUGAAGUGGUAAAUUAUGUCAGCACUUGCAAUGAACAUGAAACAGAACCAACUGAAGAAGAAGAAACAGAAACAACCAUUGUGCAAUCAGAAUCAGCCACUGAAGGAUCAAACUUUCAUGAAAACGAAUUGGAUGUGGCUAAUGACUUGGAUUUGAAUUCACACAAGGAGACUGACAGAUUUUUGAAGGACGAAAUUACUAUGGCAGAUACUGAUACUGGCAUUGCAUUCACUGACAUUGACAAUGGCAAAUGUUCAGCUAUGGUUGAUGGACACGUGGAUGACACAUCUCUAAUUGAAAAUGAGAUGAAUGGAGGAGACAGUCCUAGCAGUUGAUAUUAGUACUUAGUAUUUUGUCAUAUAGCUUUUGAUUCUUGCAAUCAUUGUACAUAUGUAUGAAUGGACAUUGCACUUAUAGCCAG